AUGAGGUUCUGGGGUCUACUACCCUCCUCCGUACAGUAUGAUAGCAGAUUUUUUUUUUCUUCUUCUUCUUCACCCUCCCAUCUCUGCAGCUACAUCGCAGUUUCUUCCUUUACAGAUCACGUGUAUCAAACUACCGAAACCCCAAGUUGCCGUCCGUUACAUUCCGCCUACGGUAACUCCAUUGCCGCACGAUACCUGUACCGGUAUUCGAGCACUCACAGUUUAGCGGUGAAGGGGAAAGUCUUCCUGACACGUACGGGAUUCACAAGUACCGUACCGUACGCUUACUGUAUGGAAGAGGGGAAGGGAGGAAAAGCAAAAGAAUGCAAGGAAGGAUAGGGAAAAGAUGCGAACCCUUUCAGUGGGAAGAGUGAGUGGGAAGGGUUGUCAAAUGGAGUAAGUCCCGUUUUUUUUUUCCUGCUUGCAGGAUUUGGGGUGGAACUGGGGUUAUCCUGGAGAAGAUGUAAGGGAAUGAAUGGGCGGUGGAUUGUAUUCGAGCCUCCCGAGGCUUGUGAAGUGCAGGAGGCUGGAGUUUCCGUGGUUAGAAUGGUGCUAUUCGAUGUGUGACAGCGGCUGCCCGUGGAAGCGGUGAUACAAGAGUGUUGUGUGCGAGUUGCUAGACACAAAGCUGGCUACAGCAUGACUGCUGUGGCAGCAGGUAUGAAGGAAGCCAGAGAGAGUAACGCGGGAUACCGUUACCGCAGUCUGGAUGGCCCCUAGCUUACCUAUCAGGACUAUCGGAAGAGAACUAGAGGCUUCAGCCUCAUCUUCAGCUCUCUUACCCAGCUUGGCGGGAAGGUAAAGAUAAUAAGACGAUAGUCCAUCAACCUACCGUACUGUACUGUGCGAGUACUGUGUUCUUCCGGCGACAUGGAAUUUCCAAGUGCAGUGCGAUCAAUCUAUCGGUGACCUGGGUGAAAGUAUCCAUUCUUGCAUUGGAUUCGCCCCGGAUUC